CCCGCAGUGCCCACUUAUCAACUUACACGUACUAUAGGGUGCUGUUUCUGAACACUUUCCCAUGACCUCAUCCGUGUCUGCAGUCUGCAUACCCAAAGAGUCAAACACCAAGCCACCAACAAGCUCAACGACUCAGCGAGCGGCCAAACAGCUGAACAACAGCCGCUGCACCCGCCUCCCUACCUCCGCACUAUAACCACAGCAACACAACAUCCCAACAACUCGCGCGGCUUCGCCGAGAACAUGAAACCAGGCAUCAUCCUCGUGCGCACACAGUUGACCGCCGACCCGUCCGAGUUCUCCCAAGCCCAGUUCAACGCCUGGUACGACACGCAGCACAUCCCCGACCUGCUCGCCACGUCUGGCAUCCGCGCCGCCGCACGGUACUACUACUCCCCCCCAGCUCCGGCAGGCCUAACCACCGAGAAAGCUGCUGCUAGUGCCGAUGGUGAUAGUACCACUAUGAAGAAGUCGACCAUGCCAUACCUGGCUGUGUACUGGCUUCCUGACGUUAGGUGGCUGCAUGAGGAAGGGUGCGGGUUCUGGUCUGUGCCGUUGACCGUUCAGGUUACUGCCAGUCCGAAUGAUGCCGCCAAGGCUGCUGCUGGGCAGGGUGAGCGGGAUGAUGAGAGACAAGAAAAGAGUAUCUUUGAGCUGGCGCAGGUGGAGAUGGAGGUUUGGGAGGAGGUUAAGAGUGCGAAGAGUGGUGAGCGCGAGGGUGCUGGAGCGGAACAGUGGGCGGGUUAUCAAGGUCAGUUAUCUGGCUUGGUGUGGCCAUCAUUCUGGUUUGAGUUAGGAGAGGGAACCCUGUUUGUUCAUGCUUCGGUUUCCUUCGGAGGCUAUAGCAUCUCAUGUUGAAUCUGGGAGUUUGGGAAAGAACUGGUGAUCCUUAGCUAACUCUGUGAACGCAGGAGCUGCGGAACAGUUAAUCCUGGUGCUCUUGGACGCCGAAGAGGGAGACGAGAGAGAUCCGGCAACGGUAUUACAAUCGUCCCUGCCAGGACUGACACUGAAAGACGGCCAACCA